UUUACCACAGCGUAGCGGACGUUUCCGGUUGUGUAUUUACAUUUAACAUACACUUAUGUUGUACACACUUAUGAGCAAACAUCACGGCUGUGUCGCUCUUCUACCGCGGACUGAUGAUAUUCACGGUUAAUGAACCAUUUAUCCGUCCGCUCGAUCGAUGUACGUUGUCCGACAGAGCAGAGAACCAGUGAGUGGAGCUGAGAGGCGUCAGUGCUGUCAUACAUUUUUAUGAUAAUUAACCACAUUUGUAAAUUAUAUUAUUCAAUUAGAUUAAAACCAAGUGUUAAAAAUGAUAAGAGAACCGAAGGAGACGGGUCUUCAGGAACGAUGUUUCUACGCGGUGAGGGAACACUUCGCUGUCCUGGGCGCGGACGCUGUCCUCGAUCUCCCAGCACCUCUCAUCGAGACACUCCUCCCGUACCUGACUGUGUGUCAGCUGGACGAGCUCCAGCCUCGGCUCAAUCAGCGAGGCAUAUCAACUUACUAUGGUUGGGUUAGAGUUCUGCAGUUCAUGUCGAGGAAGCUGUUCCAUACAGUAGACCUGCUCACAGAAGACGAGGUCAAGCAUGAAGUCAUGAGGAUGCUUUUCACGACCAUAUUCUAUGGCUACAAGAACAGCUAUGUGGUGAAGAACAGCACAAAUCUGAACACGCCUUCUUUCCUGUGGACUGCGGCAAAGUGCAUCAGGCAGUUUGUGGUGUCGGGCUCACGCGUUGAGCCUCUUCAAAGGUUAACUGCUGAGCAGCGGCCUCUUCUCGGCCUCCUGGAGAAGCAGAUCAGGAGCAUCGUUGGGUUUCAGGCCGUCGAUCUGUCAAAAAAGAAGGCGGAAACUGCGUUGUACGUCGUCCACCGGCUGCUCGACCACGGAGCGGCCUCAGAAGUUCUCGUGCAAGAGGGAUCUCCGAUCUUGCUGGCGUGGCUCCUACAUGGAAGGGGAUCAGAAUUUGUCAGUCUCGAGCUGAAGCGUCUCAUGGAUGUUGAGAAGGAAAGUUCAUCGGCCAGUGUCCAGGCUGCAGCCGCGGAGAAUAAUGAAGUGGCCCCAUGCAAACGCCGCAAGAUCGAUUCUCAGUCAGAGAUGGAGCAACAAGGAAAAGCAAGUCUAACAGUGGACCCAGAUGUUCUCUGUCACACCUUCUCUCCCUGUGAUGGUCCCUCACCUGGGCCAUGUCCACGGGGACAAAUCUCUGUUCUGGAGAUCAGGCAUUGUGAUUCCGACUGCCUCAGUGUGCUCAACUCUGCCCUGCCCACAUUUUUCUGCCUUCGCUCUCUAACCAUUCAUAACUACUUCACUUUCAGUGACACUGACGUGUGGAACCUGGCCUGUGCCCUGAAGAGGUUGUCCGAUAACCCUCGCAGCUCCCUCACGCAGCUGAACGUAAGCUACCUGUCAAAGGCCAAGCUCAUGGAUGUGCUGCUGGACGCCAACCCCAGAAUGACGACCCUGCACUUGGAGGUCCAGGAUCGUUUAGUGCCGGAUCAACAAUCCGUACAACACCAUCCCAGGUUGUCAGAGGCAUCAGAGCUGUCCCUGGAGAAGCUGACGCUCAAAGUGGCCGUGUUCCAGACGCCGCUGCGCGUCGUCACGUCUCUGCUGAGACGCUCUCCUCGUCUCAGCUCACUCCACAUCGCAGGGCUGAGGUUACCGUUCAGCUCCUCUCUGAGCCCACUCCUCACCACGCUCUCGGAGUCAAAUCUCUGCCUGAAGAGUCUCAACCUGGAGGACAUGAACCUGUCUGACUGUCUCCCUGAGAUCCUUCAUCUACUCAGACGCUGCAAGUUAGAAGAGCUGCACUGUAACGACUGUCGGCUCCUGGAGAAGUGCAGUGACAAGGAGGAGAGUCUGCAGCAGCUGGUGUCGGCUGUGAAGUCGGCGUUCUCGCUUCACACACUGAGUCUGGCUCAGAAUCGCCUCGCCAAGAAUGUGUGUGUGCUUGCUGAGCUCUUCUCUGGACCCUCACCAAGCUCACUGAAGCGCCUGAACCUCAGCUCUAACUUCAUUCAGCCCGCUGAGCUGCUGGAGUUCACUCACAGGCUGAGGACACGGCGUCCCCCGCGGAGACUCGUCCUCGACCUGAAGAAGAACCCCGGCGACCGGGACCCUGACACGUGGAACGCAGCGCUCGGCGAACUCCGCCCCCUCUGUGUUCCUCUGGUGGAAUGCUGGAGAUCUACAAACACGAUGGCGGAACACGUCAGCGUCAUGUGACCGUCGCCAGAGAAAGAGUGUGAGUUUGAUUUUCUCCUUAGGUUCCAAACAUCAGGUUCCAAAACUUACAUUUUUUACAAAUUCACAAUCACAUGAUUGUAUGAGACAGUGGUGGCCAUUUUGAACCACAAAUGAAGCACUUAAUGAGUUUCGAUAUGAACUGAAGGCUACAUAAUUAUGUUCUCCAACACACCUGGAACGUAAAGGUGAG